AUUAUUUCCUUUUCGAAUCGACUAAUUGAGUGCGAGUUCGGAUAAACAAUGUCUCUCACUUUCAAUGUUUCGUCGUUGAAAUGGGCAGCGCCGGAAGGGCAAGCGAUUGUCAAGAUCAGCAAUACUUCUCAGCUGCGUUUUGCGAUUAAAGUCAAGACUAAUAAUGUGGAUGUCUACAAGACCACUCCGAAUACGGAUUUCAUCAUGCCUGGGUUUACACUGAAUUUGGUUGUGGUUCGUUGCAAGGGUGCGAUGAAGGAGGACAAGUUGGCUGUUCAGUAUCUUGAGUGCUCUCACGCCGAAACUGAUGCUGCCGAGAUCUUCAAGAGACCUGGAGCCCAACCAAACGUGUUUAUGAUCUUGAUGAAAUGUGAUGAUGGUAUGGGUGGCACAGAAAUGGCAACAUCGAAUCCAGGAUCGAAAGCUCAGGGAUCGGUGGCUCAGGGAUCGGCGGUUCAAGGGUCGGCUGUUCAAGGUGCUGGUGGUGGCGGUGGUGGUGCUUCUGCUGGUGGUGGUGCUGCUGGUGCUGGUGGAGCUUCUCAAAUGACGGCUGCCCAGGGAUCAGCUGCUCAGGGAGCAGGUGGCGGAGGAGCUGUUUCUCAGAUAUCUGCUGCUCCGGGAUCUAUGGCUCAAGGAGUUGGUGCUCCAGGAUCGGCUGCUCAGGGAGGAGGAGCUCAAGGACCCGUCUCUCAGAUAUCUGUGACUCAGGGAGGACGUGGUGGAGGCACUGCAGGCACUGGUUCCGUGGCUCAAGGUGUGACUGCUCAAGGAUCUGCUGCUCAGGGAGGAGGUGGUGGAGGAACUGCAGGAUCUGGCUCCGUUGCUCAAGGCUCUGCUGCUCAAGGGUCCGCUGCUCAAGGAUCUGCUGCUCAGGGAGGCGGUGUCGCUAAAUCAUCAUCUGUUGCCGGCGGUAUGAAUAAUGCCCAGGCACCAGCCGGUUCAGCAGCUUCAAGAGCUCAAUCUCCAGCUCCAGCUCCAGCAGCUCAACAGGCUAGACAACCAGUGCAAUCAGAGAUGGGCUGUCUGUAUGGUGGUGCAUAUUCGGGACCGAAAUCGCAAUACUAUAGAUAAACACGACGUUAUGCUGAAUGAAGGAAAGAAAAAUAUUGAAUGGAAAUUAGGAAAUAAAUGUUUUAGUAGA